AUGCUCCCUAUAUCUAGACGCGCCGUGCAGGGCGCUCUUCACGUGUCACCGCGACUGGCCUCGCGGAGCCUUCGAACCCAACCCGCUGUUAUGCUAUCGACCUCGUCGACUAAGUCGGCAAACGCGCUUGAGCAACAAGGGCACUCUGGCCGACCUCUGACCGCAUCAGGAAAGGUACGGAAGGAGGUUCCUUUGGCGAGCCAAGAGAAGAAGGAGGGCGCAAUGCAAUAUGUCUUGACCACACUUGACCAAGUUGCCAAUUGGGCUCGUCAGAGCUCACUGUGGCCUAUGACCUUCGGCUUGGCCUGCUGUGCCGUUGAAAUGAUGCACCUAUCCACUCCGAGAUACGAUCAAGACCGUUUAGGAAUCAUUUUCAGAGCCUCCCCACGCCAGUCAGAUGUCAUGAUUGUCGCCGGCACACUGACCAACAAGAUGGCCCCUGCUCUCAGACAGGUUUAUGACCAGAUGCCCGACCCUCGCUGGGUAGUGAGCAUGGGCAGUUGUGCGAAUGGAGGCGGGUACUAUCACUACAGCUACUCUGUUGUCCGUGGUUGUGAUAGAAUAGUCCCAGUUGAUGUCUACGUGCCUGGAUGUCCCCCUACAUCUGAGGCGUUGAUGUAUGGCAUUUUCCAGCUUCAGAAGAAAAUGAGACAUACGAGGAUCACGCGCAUGUGGUAUAGGCGUUGA